AUGGCAGAAGUCUCAGGGCUUGUCUGGAGCGUAGUGUCUUUAUAUUCUACUUGUCGGGACUGCUAUAUCUUCUUCAAUAACAUCAACAAUGCAGGAAAAGGAUCCUUCUUCCACACCCGUAACCUGGCGAUUCAGGAGUCCAUAUUGAAGUCAUGGGGCUUCUACUGGAAUAUUCUGCGCCACUCGCUUGCACAUGGAGAAAGGAAGGCGGAGGCGAACCAAAAACGGGAGAAAUACCUUGGAAAGAACAGGUACAAAGCGAAAGGUAUACUGAAUGCGCUUUUCGCAAUUGCCGAUUUGCUCUCAGACCAUGAGAGGUUGCUGAACACAUAUGGCAUCAAGAUCGAGAAAGGCUUUUUCGAAUCCCACGAUCAUAAUACGAGGAGGGUAGCCCCGGAACUCAUACCUGAAACGAAUCGGGUAAAAGUGGAAGAAGUUCGUGGCCGUAUGCGACGAUACAAAAAGAAUUGUGUAUGGUCGCUAGAGGAUCGGGAAAAGUUCAAGGCAAUGAUUGCAGACCUCAAAUCACACAACGAUACUUUGUACAUGUUGUGCCCUGAUGAAGCCGUCGAAGCCAUGAACUUGAAUCUCCCGGCCAACGAAGCAAAUCGUGCGGAGGAGAUAGGGCCUUCACAAAAAGGGAUCAGAAUUCUCGCCGACAUAGCACAUAUCAAAGCGAAGACGAAGGAGCUUGAACAAAACCCACUGACGGAGCAGCAAGAACAAAAACUGAUAAACACACCGGAAAACGAUCUCGCGUUCUACGGAUGUGGUCAGAAACUGGCUGUUUGGAAGAAACGGAAGCAAGUCGUCUACGUGGAGAGGAAGAGAUAUGCCAGUGAAGAGAAGGACACCGAGGAUCGCUUUCCUCCCAAAAAAGACAUUUUGCAGCUCGGAAAACUUCUUCGCAACAUCCAACCGGCAAAGCAGUUACUCGCUCUGGAAUUCAUUGGUCUCACGCAAUCUGACAAAGAAUCUACGAUUGGCUAUGUUUAUAGGCUGCCUGGCAACUUGGGAAAGGCGAAGCCCAAGCUUCCAAUUGAAGAUAUCGCCAUCAGAGCACCAAUCACCUACUUGUCGCCUCAUUGGCGCAUCCUGUUGUUGAGUCAAAUGUUCAAGCUAGCAAAGAAACUCGUAGCAAGUGCUGCGCUGCUACAUGCCAGCGGGUUGCUACACAAGAACAUUCGACUAGGCAACCUAGGUAUGCGAGAUGGAGUUCUAGACCACAGUAAACAAGCCGACCUAGAGCCGCAGGACCACGACGCACAACACGGCGGACACGCUAAAUUAGAGAUGUAUGAUGACGACCUAGACAGUAGAGAGCGAUUCAAAAAUCGAGCGAACUACUCUGGAAGAUCGUCUCGUAGCUAUUCGGAAAGUGGUAGGGAGUAG